AUGAGUGAAUCAAGCCACGUAUCAUCACACUUAGACAGCUACUCUGCGAUGAUAGUAUCGAAGUACUUUUUGAUUCCAAACGACUUUUUGAACCUGAUUUGUGUGUGCAAGAAAUACAAAGACACUCUAGACAAAUUCCACUACAACCCGAUUCCUAUUUCACAAACGACGAUGUUCUUCUUUAAAGGGUUGGAGACUCAAUACAUAUACUCCGACUCAGAUCUCAUCCUUAAUGAUAUUAACUCAUACAAAUACAUCAACUUCACAUACGCACAAUACUUAGCACUUUCAAAGCAACGGAAGAACAUCUCAUUUGGUCUCAUUACUUAUUAUAAGAGCGACGUGAUGACACUCGGUAAAACAAUUCCAAAAGAAGUCAAAGCGUUACAACCAUUUUGCUUCACAAAAUGUUUUACACUGAUUGACUUUGUCUUGCCAGAAAACGUGAAACAGUUGUCGGUGGGGUGUUUUGCCUUUUGCGACUUUUUGAAAGACGCCAAACUGAAUGAGUGGAUCCUUCGCCUCCCAGACUUUUGUUUUCAGAAAUGUUAUUCAUUGAGUACAUUGAGUAUUCCCCCCUCCGUAUCGUCAAUUGGAAACUCCACGUUUGAAGAAUGCAAGGCACUUUCCUUGUUAAGUUUCCACGACAAUAUCGUCGAAAUUGGAACUUCUGCUUUUCUGAACUGUUGUUCUCUUUGUGAGGUCCAUUUCUCAAAACACGUGGUUUCCAUCAACAAUUUGAUAUUCAAAGGAUGCUCCAAACUCACUAAAAUUGAGAAUAUCACUCAAGUCACUUCUUUUGGAGAAAGUAGUUUUGAGGAUUGCUGGUCACUUCAAAACAUAGUCUUGCCUGAGCAAUUGGAAGUCAUGGGUAAACGGUGUUUCUUGGGAUGCACAGCGUUGUCUUCUAUCUCAGUGCCAAGUGGUGUUUGUGUUAUUCCAACUGAGUGUUUCAUGAUGUGUCGAUCUCUCAAACGUGUUGUAUUAAAUAACAGAGUCUUCAAACUCUCAAAGAAGUGUUUUUACAAGUGUUAUGAAUUGGGCAUUGUUGAGUGUUCUGAGUGUGUCAAGAGUAUAGGAGAAUUCGCAUUCUUUCAGUGCAGAAGUUUGAAAAGUAUACCAACAUACAGAGACCUUACAAUUCAAAAGAACGUGUUUGUGGAGUGUUCAUUACUUGAUGUGUCGAAUUUCCACUUCAUCAAAGAGCCUCUGAAACACACUCCAGUGAAAAAUAAAAGAAGGAAGACACUUUCUGAGUCCUGUUGUAUUCAAUAG